AUGGGCGAAGGAAAUUUAACAACGUUACUGGAGGGUGCGUGCAGACCGGUGUGUGAAGGCUGCCACCGGCUCAUUGCAGAACGUUACCUGCUGCGUGUGCAUGACUCUCUGUGGCACGAGCGCUGUGUGAAGUGCGCCGCUUGUGCCGAGCCGCUGAAGAGCACCUGCUUCCUGCGAGACUCCAAAAUCUACUGCAGACGGGAUUACCAACAGCUGUUCUCAGUGCGCUGUAGGGCUUGUGCUGAGGUUAUCUCCCCAGCAGAGCUGGUGAUGCGAGCAGGUGAUGCAGUUUUCCACCUGCACUGUUUCUGCUGCUCAGUGUGUGACUGCCGGCUGCAGAAAGGAGAUCGCUGUGUGCUGGUGGGGGACAAGCUGCUCUGUACACAACAUUACCAGCACACGCUGACCAGUCCCACCACCACCGACUCAGGCCGAAGUGAGGAUGAGGAUGAUGAAGAGGAUGAAAGCAACGUUAAGGUGGCAGGAGACAGAAAUCCCACCAGAGACGGGGACCACAAGAGGCCAAAACGGCCACGCACCAUCCUCACCACGCAGCAGAGACGAGCUUUUAAAGCCUCGUUUGAAGUCUCAUCCAAACCUUGCAGAAAAAUGAAGAAAUUGGCCAGACGACAGCAGCAGCAGCAGAAGCAGUGCCAGUCCCCUCAGGAGCAGAAUGACAGCCAAACACACACCAACGGUAUGCUCACACUCAGGCGCACUCCAGUAAGGCUUGGAUGUUUAAACCCUAGAACUUGGUUGAAACUUGGGGAUGUUGAUGGGGUAGGACAUUGA